AUGAAAAGUUUGAAUCUUUACCAUCUUUUUCCCUUUUUAGUUUUCUCAUUUCUUGUUUUGUCUUUCCCUUUGAUAACAUCAUCAAGAAUUUUGCUUAAAGGUGAUUCUUUUUCAGUUAAAGAUGAUUCACAUUUCAUUACUUCUCCACAAAAAACAUUCACUUGUGGUUUUUAUCCUAUAGAAAGUACUAGUAAUGCUUAUUAUUUUGGAAUUUGGUAUACAAAUUCAAGAGAAAAAACUGUUGUUUGGAAUGCUAAACAAGAUAGGCCUGUUAAUCUCAAAGGGUCAAAGUUAACAUUAAGAAAGAAUGGAGCUUUAGUUUUAACAGAUGUUGAUGAUACAAUUGUUUGGCAAACAAACACAACAUCAUUUGAUGUUGAAAAGGCUGAGGUUCUUGAAACAGGAAACUUAGUAUUGAAGAAUCCUAAAGGUGAUAUUUUGUGGCAGAGUUUUGAUUUGCCUACUGAUACUUUAUUGCCUGAUCAAAGAUUUACCAAGAAUCAUAGAUUAGUUCCUCCUUUGAGGAAAGGGAGUUUAUCACCUGGAUACUUUAGUUUGUACUUUGAUAAUGAUAAUGUAUUGAGAAUGAUUUAUGAUGGUCCUUNACAAUUCAACUGUGAUAUUAAGAUCCCAAUUUUGGUCUAUGAGUCAAUGAAUUGUCUCUUUGGAAUUUUUUAUACAUGA